AGCAAAAAGGCUUUGGGGUUUUUUUAAGGACUGUCAGUUUGAACAGAAUUAUUGUCUCCGUUAUCUUUCUUUGCAGGUGAUGAGGAAAUUCAAAUCAAGAAGGAGAGUUCUCUGCAAGGAGCCAGAGAGCCGGAUGAAAUAUACAGCAUGUCGCUGGAAAUAUCCCAAGGAAAGGCUUCUUUGGUGGCCGAGAUUCACGAACAAGGACGCAAAUCUGAUGAGCGAUGGGGGGAGAAGCCGGCGGAGGAAUGGGGUGAAUUAAACGAGGUGGCAGAAAGUCAUGGGGCAGUGAAGGAAACCUUGAGACAUGCACGGGUGAAUAAAUUUCUGUACUCGAAGGGUGGGAAAUGGUACCGAUGCAAAUCUGGACUGGUUGCAAACCAGAGUGUCCACAACGCAGCCAUGCCUUACGAGUGCCUCGCCUGUGGGAAGCGUUUCCAGAAGAAGAAUUACUUGGCGAAACACCAGAGGAUCCAUGCGAGGCCCAAAGUGUUCCAGUGCUCCGAGUGUGGGCAGAGCUUCAACGGGCGAGAAGGGUUCGUCCGGCACCGAGGGACGCACACAGGGGAGAAGCCGCACGAGUGCCCUCAGUGCGGGAAGUGCUUCAGCCAGAGGGAGAGCCUGAUCAGGCACGAGAAGAUCCACACGGGGAAGAAGCCGUACGAGUGUCCUGAGUGCGAGAAGAAGUUCUGCCGGAGGGACUCGCUGGUAAGGCACCAGAAGAUCCACACAGGAGAGAAGCCAUACGAGUGUCCCGAGUGUGGGAAGAGCUUCAACCAGAAAGAGGUGCUGCUCAGGCACCAGAGGAUCCAUACGGGAGAGAAGCCAUACGGGUGCCACACCUGCGGGGAAAGCUUCACCCAGAGAGCCAUACUGAACAGACACGAGAAAACCCAUCUGGGGGAAAAGGCCUUGUUAAUACUCUGAGAAUUAAUGUGGCUCUCAAAGAUG